AUGGAUAAAUACAAUAUUUCAAUUCAAGAAUCUAUUAAAGACGAUUUCUUAAUGAUUUCUUUGGUUCCUCCUUAGAAUUAUAGCUCUAGGACAAAUUCUAACAUUUGUUGUGUUGUAGAUGUUUCUGGCUCUAUGAGCUCUGAAGCUAAAAUAAUUAAUUAAUCCUCACAAAAAAGUGACGAAAACUACUCUCUCAGUAUUUUGGAUGUCGUUAAGCACUCUAUUAAGAUGAUUGUCAACACUUUGGGCUCUGAAGAUUAUUUAUCGAUAGUUACUUUCAGUGAUUCAGCAAAUGUACUAUUUGACUUACUUCCAAUGAAUGACAGCAACAAAACUAUGGCUAUAGAAAAAAUUGAAAAUUUAAGCACUGAAGGAGGCACUGAGCUUUGGAAAGGUCUGAACAGCGCCUUGAAUAUUUUGCUUAAUAACAAAACCCCUAACACUAACUAAUCAAUCUUUUUGCUAACAGAUGGUUAGCCUACCGAUAGUGGUAUUGAUACAAAUUUGGUUAAAUUCAAAUAAGCUUAUCCAAAACUUAAUUGCACUAUAAACACUUUUGGAUUCUCUUCAAGCUCAAAUAGUGAGUUGAUGAAUAAAAUAGCUAUGGAAUAUAACGGUAUGUUUUCUUUUAUUCCUGAUGCUAGUUUUAUAGCAACCGCCUUCGCUAACGCUUUAGCUAACACAUUAACUGUCUACACAAAUAACUGCUUGCUCCAUAUAACUACCUUAGAAGGUUCCAAUUUGACUUUGCAUCCUGCUCAUUCCUUCUUAGUAAAAAAAAUGAACAGCUAAGGAUAGUAAGAAAUUUUAAUAGAUGUUGGAGUUGUUAACACCUAAUAAACAAGAGAUUUUAUUUUCAAAAUAAACAACUUACCUAAACAAUUAGAUAGAACUUAUGCCUAAGUUAAAUUAACUUACUAAUAAAGCUUUUCGUUAAAUGAUUAUGUCAAGAAUAUUCCUUCUUAAACAAUUUAAAAAAGCUUAAUUUAAAGAGAGGAAUCCGAAGAAAGCUAAAUAUAUAACCAUAUUUACAGAUGUAAAGUUGUAUCUGCUAUCGAAGAAAGUAUUCAAUAAUAUCUUCAAAACUCGAAAAUCUUUGAAUAAUAAAUUAAGACAAAAUUAAUGAAUCUUGUAGAUGAAAUGGAGUAGAUUUUACCAUAAAAUGAUAGACAUUUUGAAGGAAUCUAUAAAGACUUAGUUAGAACUGUGAGCGAAGCCUUCACUAAUCAAAGCUAAUUUAAUUAAUGGGGUCACCAUUAUAUGCUUUCUCUGAAGAGAGCUCAUAUUAUUUAGCAAUGCAAUACUUUUAAAGAUCCAGGUGUUUAACAUUACGGAUAGACUUUGUUUAAAGAAAUAAGAGCUGUUGCUGAUGAAACUUUUUGCAAAAUGCCACCACCAAAACCAUAUUCCAGAGCUUCUUCCUAUACUUAAAAUAACAGCUCAAGCAAUUCAUCUUAUUAAUCUGCUUAUAAUAUGAAUGAUUAUCAUAAUUACAGUUCCGGAGGAUGCAUUCAUGGAGACUCUUUAGUUUACUUGCAAAAUGGUAAGACAAAAAAGGUAAGUGAAAUUAGAAAAGGAGAUGUAGUUUAAUGUCCUGAAUUAGGAUAACUAUAAUCAACAGAAGUAGUAUGUAUUGUCGUUUCUAAAUGUGAAAAUAACUCACAUAGCUUUGUUUAAAUUGGUGAAAAUUUGUGGAUAACUCCCAAGCAUCCCAUUAGAAUUAAUGGAGAAUGGAUCUAUCCUAACAAGAUGGGUGAGGUAUAACAAAAGUAGAGUGAUUUCAUUUAUCAAUUUGUAUUAAAGAGUGGCCAUACCAUGAAUAUUGGUGGAUUUGAAGUUAUAUGCUUAGGUCAUGGCUUUCAAGAACCUAUUGCAAGUCAUGAAUAUUUGGGUAGCCAAGCAGUAAUUAACGAUCUUAUGAAUAUGAAAGGAUGGAAAGAAGGAAAAGUAUUGAUUACUGCAAGGAUAAAAAGCGAAAUUACAGGAAAAGUAACAGCUUUUGUACAAUAAUGA